UGCUGCUUGGCUCCGGUUGCGGACGGUUGAGGACACACACACACAUACACACAGCAGGUCAGACGUCCGCGGUGAGCUCCGGGACUCGAGCAGGUGCCCCAGAAUACAGAUGGCGAACUUCAAGGGCCACGCUCUUCCCGGCAGCUUCUUCCUGAUAGUGGGGCUGUGGUGGUCCGUGAAGUUCCCACUCAAGUACUUCCACCAGAAGGGGAAGAAGAGCAGGCUGAGCCUCCACUAUCAGCGCCUGGAGAUCAUCGAAGCCGCGGUCAGGACGCUGUUUUCUGUCAUUGGGAUCCUGGCAGAGCAGUUUGUUCCAGAUGGGCCGCACCUGCACCUCUACAAUGAGAAGCAGUGGGUGAAGCUGAUGAACUGGCAGCACAGCACCAUGUACCUGUUCUUUGCAGUCUCGGGCAUCAUUGAUAUGCUCACCUAUCUGGUCACCCACAUCCCCCUGGGGGUGGACAGAUUGGCUAUGGCCGUGUCCGUAUUCACUGAAGGUUUUCUGUUCUACUACCACGUUCACAACCGGCCUCCUCUGGACCGGCACAUCCACUCGCUGCUGCUGGUUGCUCUGUUCGGAGGGAGUGUCAGCGUCUUCCUCGAGGUGAUCUUUCGGGACAACAUCGUGCUGGAGCUUUUCCGAACCAGUCUCGUUCUUCUGCAGGGAACCUGGUUCUGGCAGAUCGGGUUUGUGCUGUUCCCACCAUUUGGAACUCCUGAGUGGGACCAGCAGGAAGACACAAACCUCAUGUUCAUCACCAUGUGUUUCUGCUGGCACUACCUGGCCGCUCUCUGCAUCGUGGCCGCCAACUACUCCCUGGUUUACUGGUUUUUGACUCGGCUGAAGAGACAGGGAGGAGGGGAAAUCAUUGGGAUUCAGCAGCUAAAGCCGGAUCACCCGGACCAGACCGCCCUCUUGAAUGACUCCGAAGAGGAAUGAAGUUAGACCAGGCAGAGGGUGGGUUGCACUGUGUCCUCCAUAGCAAACACAGCUCGUUCCCCUUCCCCUCUCCCACCCCGUGUUAAUGCCCACUCUGGUCUGCUCUUAUGGUUUUGUACAUUCCAUUGUUUAAUACAAAGCUGGAGGCUCUGAACAGGAAAUCAGGAGGCUUUUGGUGUUCCUGUGUAUCUUGCUGUUUGGACUUUUUAAUGUAAUUUAAUAGUCUGUGUUUGUGUAGUAUCCUUCACCAAGAAAAAUGAAGCCAUGCCUAUGAGCAGGAAGACUCUUAGUGGGGGAAGUCAGAGACUUGAAAGCUUUAGUGGCCUCCCGAAUGCAUCCAGGGCCUGAAUCCUGCCAGACUUACUGCUUUUGGUAACUCCUCUUUUUCGCUGUAGAAAGCAGCUACUUAAUCAGAAAAAUAGGAGAACGUAAGUGAACGGCAGUGCCUUUAGAGACACAAUUUUAAACUUUCCACAAGCUUUGGUGUGUUAAACUGUACUUGUUAAAAAUCUCUUAAUUAAUCAUUACCACCAUCGAUAAGAGACAAAAUUGGGGCAAAGGCUUUUUUUUUUUUAAAUCUGGAGCAAGUUAGCAGCCCAGCUGUCACCACUCGGCUAUCCUGACCCUGCAGCUACCCUGACAGAGGAUGCGGACAGGAAAUGUGUGUGAUGACGUAGAGAAAAAUGUCAGG